AUGGAAGUGGCAAGCGAGCUAUCGCCGCUAUCGGGGGCGGAGAACCAGGGCAAAAUCAAGGAAAGAAGCUCAUAUUACCCGCAAGAACCCAACAAGAGGCCGCAGACUAGGGGUGGCAGGGUGCGGUCAUGCCUGAAACAUAACGCGCUGACUAUACUGACUGUGGGUGGUGUUAUCGGUGGCGUGGUACUCGGCAUAAUCCUGCGAAACUCGCGAGAGAGAUGGACACCCCGCGAGAUCAUGUACAUCAAUUACGUCGGCGACUUGUUCCUGCGUAUGCUCAAGAGCUUGAUCUUGCCAUUGAUAGUCUCGAGUUUGGUGUCGGCCAUCGGCUCGCUCGAUCUAUCGCUCAGCGGCAAAAUCGGUGCGCGUGCGAUCGGUUAUUACAUGGUCACGACCGUCUGUGCCGUUGUAUUAGGUAUAAUUCUCGUCAUUUCGAUCCAACCUGGAAUUGGCAGUUCCACAAAGGAGAGCAAAAUAGUGACACGAAAUGUUUCCACCACCGACACUUUGAUGGACUUAGUUAGAAACAUGUUUCCGCCGAAUCUCGUACAAGCUUGCAUCGCUCAACAUCAAACCGAUCUCAAGCCGCCGCCAAAUACCACCAAUGCUCCCAUAGAGGAUUGGGAAAUAGUGGAGAAGGAAGUGUCCGGCACCAAUAUUCUCGGCCUCGUUGUAUUCGCGACGGUAUUGGGCAUCGCUCUCGGUAAAAUGGGACCGAAGGCCAAGCCGUUAUUAAACUUUUUCGAGUCGCUAUCCGGCGCUAUGAUGUUAAUAACCAACUGGGUCAUCUGGUUGUCACCGGUCGGUGUACUCUUUCUGGUCGCCUCCAAGAUUACGGACAUGGAAUCAUUGGACGUGGUGGUCGCCCAACUCGGAAUGUACUUCCUGACUGUGUUAAUUGCUCUUCUCAUACACGGCUUCCUGAUACUGCCGGGGAUGUACUUUCUUCUUACGAAGAAAAACCCGUAUAGUUAUAUCUCGAAUAUGGCACAGGCGCUCGUCACUGCCUUCGGCACAUCUUCGAGCUCAGCGACGCUGCCUAUCGCUAUCGGCUGUCUCGAGGAUAGAAAUGGCAUCGAUUCGCGCGUCACCAGAUUCGUCAUGCCGAUUGGAGCCACCGUAAACAUGGAUGGAACCGCCUUGUACGAAGCUGUAGCUGCCAUUUUUAUCUCGCAAGUGCGCCAAGUCGGUCUUUCCUUUGGACAACUGGUAGCAGUAAGUAUCACGGCAACUGCUGCCAGUAUUGGUGCGGCUGGAAUCCCGCAGGCCGGUCUAGUGACCAUGGUCAUGGUAUUGGAUACGGUUCGACUUCCUGCCAACGACGUAUCGUUAAUUCUUGCAGUCGAUUGGUUAUUAGAUCGUUGUCGAACGACGGUAAACGUCAUCGGUGACUCCCUCGGUGCAGGAAUUGUUCAGCAUCUGAGCAGGAACGAGCUCGCAUCAUUGCCGCACACUUCACAACAGACGCAGAACGGGGCCGAUUGCCAUGCGACCACGUCGAUAUGAGCUAAUGUUCGCUAAUCGCGGCCUGCGUCUCCUCGACUGACGAUUGCGAAACCACUUCGCAAUCGGGGGAUCGACCAUCUACCACGGCAAACAUAUUCGCACUUAUCGCGCGGUUUAUCGCCCAUCAAAACGUUGCCAUAGCUCGCUAAUUGAACUUGCAAGAGCCCGAUAUUAAAAAAAUACUAAAAAUAUACGAGCAAAUAAAUUAAAAUUAAGAUUAGGAUUAAGAACACAUAAAUAAAUUUGUGGUCAACAAAAUGAUACUGCUUGUUACAGAUGUCAUGUCUGAUUUCUAUUCUAUUCGAGUCUUAAUAAGUUAUUCUAGAGAAUUUCGAAAAGUAUAUAUACAGCACAGACGAUAUGUGUAUCUUUACAAUCGUACAAGAUGGUCGAUGAACGCGAGUUACGGUUCUGAGAAAGUGUUCUUGCGUACUCAGUAAAGUGUUCUGUUUUUAACUUAGUCAAAUAAUUGGUUUAGUAUUAAUCGUACCAUAUAAACCAGACUAUAAACGAAGGGAACAAUAAACUAUAUCACUGUAUCGCCCUAUCGUAACGCCAUUUUUGCGAUAAAUGCAUGCGGAAUGCGAUGCGCAAUCACUUUUCGAUCAUCUGUAUACAAGUAUUGUACAAUUACUUUCGGUAGUCACUUAAUUGAGUCACGACAUCCAUUCCGCGAUACAAAGUACACGUACGUAAUGGUAAGGAAAUCAGAUGUUAAUUAUCAAUACGUUAACUCGCGGUGCGAGCAAAGAGCGUCCUUCAGAUGAUUUCGGAAUAUAAGAUGUGCUUGAAACUAAAUACUUCUUAACGUUAGUAAUUGUAGACCUCACUAAGCAAUCUUGCUUGUGAAAUGUAUGUAUAUAUGUAUGUAUAUGUAUAUGUAUAUACAUAUACAUACAUAUAUAUACAUAUAUACAUAUACAUAUUUGUCUUCCAUUGCGCUUAAUAAAAAUUACGCUUGAUAAUGUACUGCGCAUCACAUUUGAGUGACUACAAAAUCUAGUUUUUCUCCGCGAAUUAUUUACGUUUCUUUUUCAAGUGCAUUUAAAAUUGCAGUAAAAUUUUCACGAAAAGCGACAAAAAGCAACAAAAUUUUGCUAUUAUUUUUUUAUAUGGAAAUAGAAACGGAAAUGUAAUUCUCUACAACUAUUUCGUAACGAGUAGGAAAUAAUGCAAUUUGUGCCAUAAAAUAUUGCCAGUGUGAUUAUCGACUAUAGCUUUUACACUUACUUGAUACCCAGUGAAGAAAGCAGACUUAAUUUAAUAACUUUGAUACUAUUGACAACAAUCAGCUAUGGGACCCUUAAGUAUGAAGCAACUUUGAUCAUAUUGCCUUUCUAUAAAUUUUGAAAGUACAACAAAAUAUAAAAGUUUUUGCAUUUUAUAUGUUUCUACGUACCAAAAAUUCAUUAAAUGGUAAUAUGUAGAAAAAGAAUGUAUAACUAUAACUUCAAAAAGCAUGCACACUUUAUUAACAUAUUAAUAAUGAAAAGUAAAAUCCGUACUUAAGGGUUGUAAUCCCUUUUCUUUUUACUGGCACAACUAAAACAGUUUUGCGUGACGUGAAGUAUAAAUGUAAAUAAAAUAACAAAAAGAUUAAUGAAUUAGUGAACAAAUUCCUACUAGCCGAUUUUUUCAUGCAAAUUUUUUGUUAAAAGAUCUUUUUGUUAUUUUUUUAUAAAAAAUUGUUUUCUAAAUUUGUCUAAAAAAUGGUGCUGACGAACAUGUUACUAUUUUUUGGUAUUAUUGUUAUGAAGAAUAAUUAACAUGUUUGUUGAAAACUUGUAUGUUAUCAGUAUGCAAAUAAAAGCUGCAUGCAGAUAAAAAUGCGUAUAUAAAAUGUAUGGCAACUAUUUGCAAUGUAAAUCUAUCAAAUGUUAUUAGCAUAAUGAAUAAUAUCAAUAUAUGGAUUAAUAUAUGAUGUAAUCAAAGUAUAUAAGCAGAAGUUGAUUGUUUGCAUGUGAUUAACCGAAACAGAAGCACGAUGCUUAUACACAGAGAUCUCCAGGGCCAUCAUCAACAUAAAGCACUGAUGUAUUGUACAAAAAUUUAUUUAGCUCUCUCAAAAAAAAAAAAAA